UUUGCAUUGCCGGCGUUGAUCGGUGCCGUAGCGGCUCCAGAUCUGGCACUGGAGGUAGAUAUUACUCCGCCACCUCGAGAUAGACCACUGCGUACCUCCAAAGGGGCUAGUCCAGGUCGAGUGGAGAAGCCUGGUGAAGAGUCGACUUCAUCCACUCGCUUUAAAAAGUAUCUACCUUUGAGGUGGUAA